AUGGCCGACGACACGGAGGGCUCCGGCGGCGGCAAGCAGCCGCAGAUCAGCCUGGUGGGGCUGUUCCUCGCAUGCAUGGUCGCCGGCGGCGUGCAGUACGGUUGGGCGCUGCAGCUCUCCCUCCUCACACCCUACGUCCAGACACUGGGAAUUCCUCAUGCUCUUACUUCAGUCAUGUGGCUCUGUGGACCAAUUGCUGGCUUACUUGUGCAACCCUGCGUCGGCCUGUACAGUGACAAAUGCACCUCCAAGCUUGGGAGGCGGAGGCCAUUCAUCUUUACAGGAUGCGUCAUCAUCUGUAUAUCAGUGAUCAUCAUCGGGUUCUCGUCCGACAUCGGGUACGCUCUCGGUGACACCAAGGAAGACUGCACGGUUUACACGGGGAAGCGGCUGCACGCUGCGGCGUUCUUCGUCAUGGGGUUCUGGCUGCUGGACUUCUCCAACAACACCGUGCAGGGCCCGGCGCGCGCGCUCAUGGCCGACCUAGCGGGCAGCCACGGCCCCAGCGCGGCGAACGCCAUCUUCGUGUCGUGGAUGGCGAUCGGGAACAUCCUGGGCUACUCCUCCGGCUCCACCAACAACUGGCACAAGUGGUUCCCGUUCCUGCAGACCAGGGCGUGCUGCGAGGCCUGCGCCAACCUCAAGGCUGCCUUCCUGGUGUCCGUGGUGUUCUUGGGCCUCUCCACGGUGGUCACCAUGAUCUUCGCCAACGAGGUGCCGCUGGACCCGGUGGUGGCCAAGCAGCAGAGCGAGGGGCAGGCGUCGGGGCCGCUGGCCGUGUUCAAGGGCCUCAAGAACCUGCCCCCGGGCAUGCCGCAGGUGCUCAUCGUCACCGGCCUCACGUGGCUCUCGUGGUUCCCCUUCAUCCUCUUCGACACCGACUGGAUGGGCCGCGAGAUGUACCACGGGAGGCCCGACGGGAGCCCCAACGAGGUCGCCAACUUCCAGGAGGGCGUCCGCCAGGGUGCAUUCGGCCUGCUGCUCAACUCCGUCGUCCUCGGAUUCAGCUCCUUCCUCAUCGAGCCCAUGUGCCGGAAGCUCACCGCCAAGGUGGUCUGGGUCAUGAGCAGCUUCAUCGUCUGCAUCGCGAUGGCCAUGGUCACCGUCCUCAGCUCCUGGUCUCUCGGUGACAUCGGUGGUAACGUGCAGGACGCCGCCGCCGUCGACAAGGGCCUCAAGAGCGCCGCGCUCGCCCUCUUCGUCGCACUCGGGUUCCCCUUCGCGGUCCUGUGCAGUGUUCCGUUCGCCGUGACGGCGCAGCUGGCGGCAAGCAAGGGCGGUGGGCAGGGGCUGUGCACGGGGGUCCUCAACAUCUCCAUCGUGGUGCCGCAGAUGAUCAUCGCCGUUGGCUCCGGUCCAUGGGACGAGCUGUUCGGGAAGGGCAACAUCCCUGCGUUCGGGGUAGCCUCCGUGUUCGCCUUCACCUCCGCCGUUGCAGGCAUCUUCAUGCUGCCCAAGCUAUCCAAGACCAGUUUCAAGUCUGUCUCCAUGGGAGGAGGUCACUGA